GAUAUUAGGGUUUUUUUGGGAUUUUACGUACGAACGCAUGAAAAAGGCUGUUUAUGUUUCCUUGUUUUACUCAGAUGAAACUAGCAUAAAAUUAUGAUACUUAGUUACACAGACUCACGAUUUGAUUGCCUCUUUUGGUGUAUGGAAGCACGUGCACACAGGCACGUACGCUUAUGUAUGCAUUUACCGUGUAUAAUACUUAAUUAAUAUCAUAUAUUUGAAAGAAUUGAUUACACAAUGAAAAAAAAACCCAAUGAAAUAAAGCUUUUACAAGGAGAUGCUAUAAUCCAAUGGACAAUAAUAUGAUGUUCAACAUGUACGUAAGACCAUGAUUAAUCUCGGUCUUUUAACUGGAGUUUUUAGAACAUGAUUCUCUGAAUUCCUCCCCCAUUAAUCAUGCUCUUAGCUUUUCUUAGUAUAUAAGAGCCGUCUCUUAUCCGAAAAAUGUAAAAAAAAUGUGUCAAAUCAUGAGUUAAGAAGUCGGCUAACAGACCGGGGGUUAAUCAUAAAGUACUUCGUACUGGUGUAAAUGCGUUUUGUGUGUUUAUAUAUGUUUGUUUGUACGAUCAUAUACAUUUACAAUGAUCAUACGGUUUGCUUAGAUAACUGAGUCAAGAGCGAAACUCGAAUCUUGACAUUCAAUAUGUACGUAUGUUUUUAUGAUGUUUUGUGGACUCACCAAAAACCAGGUUUUGCAUACAUUAUUGUGUUGCCAAACAAGCAUGGAAAGCAUACUUGAACGCUAUGAUCGCUAUUUGUACUCAGAUAAAGAACUUGUUGGCAGAGACAUUUCACAGAUUGAAAAUUGGGUUCUAGAACAUGCCAAGCUCAAGGCAAGAGUUGAGGUACUUGAGAAGAACAAAAGGAAUUUUAUGGGGGAAGAACUUGAAUCUUUGAGUUUAAAGGACCUUCAAAGCCUGGAGCAUCAGCUCGAUGCUGCUAUCAAAAGCAUUAGGUCAAGAAAGAACCAAGCUAUGUUCGAAUCCAUAUCAGCGCUCCAGAAGAAGGAUAAGGCCUUGCAAGAUCACAAUAAUACGCUUCUCAAAAAGAUUAAGGAGAGGGAGAAGAAAACGGGUCAUCAAGAAGGACAACUAAACCAUUGCUCCAACAAUUCUUCAAUUGUUCAGCCCCAGUACUGUUUAACCUCCUCCAGAGAUGGCUUUGUGGGGAGAGUUGGGGGAGAGAAUGGUGGAGCAUCGUCAUUGACGGAACCAAACUCUCUUCUUCCGGCUUGGAUGUUACGCCCUACGACGAAUGAAUAGAAUUAUCUAUAUAUUAUAAGAUAAUUAAUGCUUGAUAUUUUCAUAAUGUAUCUCAGCAUUUUUGUGAUCAUUAAUUAUUAAAACUGAUAUAUGUUUUAGCUACUCUUUGAAAAAUUUAUAUAUGUGCAAUGAUGGACUUACAAUGUCAAGACAUAUGUACGCUGU